AUGGGAAAUUCACAACAAGGAAAAGGAAAAACACCUUAUAACCCAUGGACAUCGAAAGAGAGCAAUAUGCUGUUAGAACUAAUGGUUGAUGCGGCCAAAAGUGGAUGGCGCGAUUCUAAUGGUUUGCUAAGCAAGCAAAUAGUAGAAAGCAAAAUACUUCAUGUUCUUAAUGCAAAACUUGGAUGCCAAAAAACUUAUCAUCAAUAUCAAAGUCGUCUGAAGUGGUUUAAGACAAGAUAUCACAGUUUUACUCAGCUUAUGCGUCAUAGUUCUGGAUUUGGGUGGGACUCCGUCUCAAAGAAAUUCACAGCUACUGAAGAAGUAUGGCAAGAUUACUUUAAGUCUCAUCCAAGUCAAGUGCAUCUUCAAAGAGAUACAUUUACAGACUACGAGGAUUUGGUAAUUGCAAUUGGCAAUGGAACGGCUGUUGGGAAAAACUCAAUUGGACUUGGUGAUGAUACUGAUGUUAGAACGUAUGAAGUUGGAGAAAGUAGACCUACUAGAUUGCAGGAUGAGCAAUAG